AUGACAGAACCAACAACAAAUGGCAAAGUUAUAUUGAAGACUACGUUGGGCGAUAUAGAGAUAGAGCUUUGGGCAAAGGAAGCACCAAAGGCUGUUAGGAACUUUGUACAGUUGUGCUUGGAGAGAUACUAUGAUGGUUGUAUAUUCCAUCGUGUAGUGAAGAACUUUAUCGCACAGACUGGUGACCCUACGGGCACGGGCGAGGGCGGUCAGUCCUGCUACGACGGCGGUCAGCCGUUCAAAGACGAGUUCCAUACGCGCCUGAGAUUCAGUCGGCGUGGACUGGUUGGCAUGGCAUCGGCUGAGCCCGACAACAACCAAUCACAGUUCUUCAUCACUCUUGAUGCGGCCGAGUCGCUGACGCGUAGACACACGCUGUUUGGACGUGUGGCAGGUGACACUGUAUUCAAUGCACUCAAGAUGAAUGAGAUUGAGUUGGACGAGUCCGAUCGUCCACUCUUCCCUCCCAAGAUCAUCUCUACCGAAGUCAUGCACAACCCAUUCGACGACAUAGUACCCAGACAGAAGAAGCAAGACAAGCAAGUCAAAGAAGUCAAGAAGAAGGCAGCUCCCAAAAACUUGGGACUGCUGUCGUUUGGUGAUGAUGAAGAACAGGAUGAAGAGGAAAGAGUAGAGAAGAAGCAGACGACUGCAAAGACGACAUCAAAGGCAUCCAAUGGCAACGCAAACACUACCACUUCAACAACUUCAACAUCAACUACCACGACAACGACAAUGAAGAAAGCUCCAACAACCAUGAGCAAACAAAAUAGAGAGUCUGAGAAUGAGUCAGCUGACUCAUCUGUAUCAGCCAAGUCAUUCGAUGAGAGGAUGAGGGAAUCCAUUAUGAAGAAGAGUGCAUCACUGAAGCGAGAUAGAGAUGAUGAUGAUGACAACAAGGACAAAGAUAAGGAUAAGGAUACAUCAGAAUCAACAACAGUAGUACCAGCUACCACGGUGGUAGCAGCAGCAGCCAAGCCUCCAAAGAAGAAGAAGGUUGUUGGAAGCUUGCAAUUUAAACAGACUUCAAAGAAAGCUGCUGGAGAUGGUGAUGGUGCUCCACUUGCGCCACCAAGAGUGAUCAAAAGGAGACAAGACUCUGAGAUAUUGGAGAAGUUGAGUCAGUUCAAGAAGAAGUUGGUACAAGAGCCAACAUCAUCAGGUAGCAAGGUUGAUGCAGACGAUGACUGGAUGACACAUCGACUACAAUUCAAUGAUAAAUCAGCUGGCCAAGAGCAUUAUAUGUAA